CAUCCGAGCCGGAUGUUUUGCGUCGCCAGUCCAUGAUGAGAAGAUUUAGUCAUUUUGAAAUAAAAACUCGUCGUGCAGCUGCAGCGGUGGCCCUGAGCAGGCACUAAUGAGUCUAGCUUCAUGAGAGGGCCGCGCUCAGCCCGGUGUGCUGGAUGUCUGUGACAGACCCAUGGGCCAGAAGGACCAUGUGGAGGCAGGAGCAGGCCACAUCCUUGACCUGGAGCUGGAUUUGGAGUAUCUCCACAUAGUGGGGGCUGACCGGCAGGCUGGCGGCGGUGACAAACCCCCUGCUAUGGAGGGGCUGGGGGACAGCCCCGACAACAACACCGCAGCCAGUUCCCCUCCACUGGCACUGCCAGAGGAAAACGCUGGGUCCAAUGAAGAAUCCGAAUUUGCGCCGUCUUCCGGUUCUACCCUCGCUGCAGACUCGGAUGGAGGAGAAAGCGCAUCCACUCACAGUAAGAACACCCACCAGCCGCUGUGUCGAACCCCAUGUGUGGACUUAGGCACUGAGGGGCCUCCUGAGCCCCCAUCUGAACUUUCAACAGAGCCCAAACCUGACACGCCUGCCCAGUCCUCGUGUGAGCCCCCACCUGAUGAGCCUUCACCCAAUCCCCCCACAUCAGAGCUGGUGCCUGAGGCAGAAGGGAAAGCGUACCAGGCCAAGCUAGAAUUCGCACUGAAACUGGGCUACUCUGAGGAGACUGUGCGACUAGUGCUGUCCAAGCUUGGCCCCGACACACUUAUCAAUGACAUACUGGGAGAGCUAGUCAAACUGGGGACCAAGUCUGACAGUGAGCCACCUACUGGAAUAUUAACCUCUACCUCAUCCUCUUCUUCUUCUUCAUCUUCUUGCGUUUGCUCUGACUUGCUCGACACCCAGCGGUCAGACUCACCUUGUCCUUCGGAUUCUGUAUGCGACCAGGACAACCUGCGGCCAAUUGUGGUGGACGGCAGUAAUGUAGCCAUGAGCCAUGGCAACAAGGAGGUGUUUUCCUGCCAGGGCAUCCAGCUGGCUGUAGAUUGGUUUCUAGAACGUGGUCAUCAGAACAUCACAGUUUUUGUGCCUGCAUGGAGGAAAGAGCAGUCUCGCCCUGACGCUCCUAUAACAGAUCAAGAGAUCUUACGUCGUCUCGAGAAAGAAAAAAUCCUGGUCUUCACUCCGUCACGGCGCGUCCAAGGUCGACGUGUGGUUUGUUAUGACGACCGCUUCAUUGUCAAGCUGGCAUAUGAGUCAGACGGCAUCAUUGUUUCCAAUGACAACUACAGAGACCUGGCUAAUGAGAAGCCUGAGUGGAAGAAGUUUAUAGACGAGCGCCUGCUCAUGUAUUCUUUUGUCAAUGACAAAUUCAUGCCGCCAGAUGACCCUCUUGGUCGUCACGGUCCCAGCUUAGACAACUUCCUGAGGAAAAGGCCUGUCAUCCCUGAACAGAAGAAGCAGCCCUGCCCAUAUGGAAAGAAGUGCACUUACGGUCACAAGUGUAAGUACUACCACCCUGAAAGAGGGGCUCAGCCUCAGCGUGCUGUGGCUGACGAGCUGCGUGCCAGUGCAAAGACCUGUGUUGCCUCCAAGAACCAAGGGGAUGCUGGACUUGUGAAGAGCCACAGUGUACCAGCUGGCAGCAUUGAGGCCAAAAAAGGUGCCCCGAAAAGGCAGUCUGACCCGAGCAUCCGAGCUCUAUCGUACAGUGAUGCUGAGGAGAAGCUGUUGGCCAAAAGCAGGGCAGAGGGCCAGAAGAGCAGCCUGUGUGGCAGCAGCAGUAACAGCUCCAGCGGGAGUUUGACUAUGUCCCCAGCCCCAGGAGGUCCUCCGUCUGGUCUAAACCAUCCACAGGACCAACAGCCCAGAGCAGUGACCCAUCUACCAGCCCCCAGCCAUGACCUCUACCCUCACUGUGAGUCUCCAGACUUGAGCUACUACUCGGUAACGCGUGCCUACUCUGGCUUGAGCCUCUCGUCUCGAAGGAGCCCAGACUGCCGCUACCCCAACGAUACAGACUUGCGGCUCGGCUCGCUGGGCUCAGCGGGCUCCGAAUGCGGCAGCGAAAGCAGCGCCAGUUGUGGUAGCAGCUGCGACUCUUACAGUGAGAGGUCUUGUCCUGGAUGCCCCCCAGAUCCUUUAACUGAAGACAGCAUCCAUUUUGCUAAUCCCCACAGCCGCCUCUACUCCCAUGUCACAUCAAACCAUGAACUAUGUGGUCUUCACCCUGCUGAAUACACACAGAGUCACACAUCUAAACAAGGAGUACACUCUUACCACCUGAAUGCAGCGUGUGGACAGGGCUGUGCUCAUGAUCAGCCUCCAAUAGAGGCCCCCCUGAAACGGCCCCUCUACCCUCUACCCCCUCAUCUCCAACACCAACCCUUGGCUGCACGCUCCAGCUGCCCAGGAGACUACCACUCUCUACCCCAGUCCAACCCUCACCCCCCUGGUUCUCCUCUCGGCCGGUGCCUGGCCCCCACUCGAGCUGAAAGUGUGUCCGACUCGCAUCUUUAUGAGCAUCUCUCCACAUCGCACCAUCACCACCGGCUCAAAGCUUUACCCAGCUGGGACACUUAUUACAGGCAGCCGCCGUUGCCGCCGUCUAGGUACGAGCCGUCUACCUACCAGAGUCUGCCAGACACACGCCAAUCGUCCUGGCACACCUCUGUGUGGCCGCAAGACGGUUACACUCAGCAUCACUCCUCUCACCCAGCUCUCCACCCUUCCCCAACACAUUACCUAAGCCACCCACCACCUCCAUCCCACUCCCCUCACCCACCUUAUCCACCUCACAGCUCUCAUCUUGCAGUCCCCCCCCAUGGACCUCCACCCUAUGUGCCGCCUCACCCAGAAUCCCCCGUGCACAGUCGCUAUGGGGACAUGAGGGAGAAAGUGUACAUCAACCUGUGCAACAUCUUUCCCUCAGAGCUGGUGAGCCGGGUGAUGGCCAGGAGCCCCCACAUUACAGACCCCCAGCAGCUUGCAGCUGCCAUCCUUUCAGAGAAAGCCCAAACAGGAUACUGAGGAAUGAAGAGAAAUGUAGCCUCCAGUUAUAAAACAGACCAUGAAAAUCAGUAUUUUUCUUUUGA